AUGAGGAGAAGUGCAUCGGAUGCACUGCUUCUUCAACAGAGCAAAUACGUUAGCGAGUAUGGUGAGGGCGGUGAGACUAAAACCCCCAAUGCUGACUACGGAGACCUCUCGAGCUACAAACUAGCGCAACAUCUGGUGCAAAAGGAAAUCUGGAAUAGAAAGUAUCUACAAAAGUUUGAAAAAUUCGAGAACUUGUCGCAAUCAGCAUUAUCGAGAAUAGAAGGCCACUUUCAGUACCUAGCAACCCCUGCAAAUUCAUGGAUCAUAAGGCAAGAUCAGCGAUGUAACAGGCUCUACUUUGUGGUUUUGGGAGUUUUGGAUGUGUACAGAGAUGAUGAGAAGAUCGGCUCCAUCUCAAAAGGCUGCCACUUUGGAACAGAGUCAUUGAAUUUUGUGGUCAGAAACUAUUCAAGGGGGCUGGAGUACCCCAGCAAUAUCCAAGCAACUAUCAGCGUCAAGGCAGUUCAGCCAAGCACGUGCUUGUUCCUCGACUGUCAGGAUCUCUGGAACGAUGUUUCAAUCCUCCGAGAAAUAAUCACAGCAGACAUGGAGGCGUCAGAAGACCUGGACCCAUCUUCAGGCACCAGCGACGACGAGGAGAAGAUAAACAUUCAAAAUGAUUAUGAACAUCAGUUGAAAGACUUCGAAGUCUUUGCAGGUGUAGGCAGGGAGCACAAGGCAAGAAGCAUACAGGACCUUGUGAGUCAACGGGACGAGCUGUUGCGUAAACUUGAAGCGGCUAAGCUGCUGGCAAAGAAGCAAGAGCUGGAAGCUCAGGUGAAGAAGCUUCAAGGCCGACUAGCUCAACCCUCCGACAAUGCCGGUGGAGCCGAGAUGCAGCAGCAGCAGCAGCAAUCUCUCCUCAAACGAUCUAACAGCGACGAGAUUUUGCGAUUGAGAGACAGGAGCGAGCUCGAAGGAAAUCUCUCGAGGAUAUCCUCAGCUGCUCUAGAGUCAAACCUGAUGCAAGAGCGAGCAAAGCUGGAGGCUCAGCUCAACAUGCUGCUCCGCAGCUCCAGCUCAGCAUCAUCUCGACCCAACUCGUCCAACUUCUCCCGCGCUCCUUCAGGCAACAAGUCUAUCAGCCCCAAGCGCAACCCGUCGGAGGGGGAGCUGUGGAGACUGGAGGAGGGAGAGCUUUCGCCGCUAGAGUAUCAGGAGACAUUCAACGAAUCUCCCAAGCAUGGCGGGCAGGAGCAGAAGGAUGUUGGAAGCAUCAACUUCAAUGUGCAGAGCAAGCUACAUCCCAUCCUCAACGGCGUCAUCCCCUUCCCCUCCAAGAGCCUCUAUGAGCCUCCUCCGCACAUGAAGAAGUGGGGUUACGUGUGGGAGACCUCCCACUACUUCGAGCAUGCGGCGUACAAGAGGAAUCAGCCGAGAAGAGGAGUGCCGGUUGACACCAGCGGGGACGGGCGAGUGGACUCGCUCGCCGUUGACUUCACAGGGGACGGCAAGAUCGACACCAUCGUCACAGACGAGCACUCCGGGAAGGUCGCUCUUGUGAAGCAGUUCAGCAGCCAAUCGCCGAGUUCGUCACCUCCUGGUGCUCUGAAACCGCAGAGGAAUCGAUCGCCCAACAGAAACCGAGGAAGGUGA